AUGGUUUCGAGGGGGGGGGGGGGGGGGGAAGGGCGCGUGAUCGCGAUCGAUGUGUGGUUCGAACGGGACGGUUCGGAGGUUGAGGCGAGCGCGCUCGUGGAGCGGUGGACGUUUCACGCGGGCGCGGACGCGGGAAGCGUGGGGGGUAACAAUCACUUCAAUAAAGAUUUGGAGACGCCGGUGGUGUACAAGCGGGCGGUGAUCAUGGUGCGAACGCUCGUGGCGUUGUUGCGGACGCUUCCGGCGCACGGCGCGCGGAUUCGGGCGAUGCGACACGCGGGGGCGACGCUCAGGAAGGAAAGCGGGGGCGGCAGGUUCAGGUUCGAGAUACGUGAGCUCGCUUCGGGGACGACGGUGCAGGAUGCGCAUCCUGGGAAACAAGCGGGCUAUAAAACAUACGCGUUCGCGGACGUGCCCACUUCCGUCGGCAAACUCUGCGCGUGCGUGUAUUUUUUGGACGAACCCGCCGUGAAGGCUUUGGAGGAAAAAUUCAUCGGUGUUAUAGAUUCGACGCCGCUUCGAUCGUUGAAAAGCGAAACGUUAGACGCAUCCGUGGGUCCGGACGUGGAGCUCGCGGGAGGGGAGAUGUCGCUCUCGCCAUCGCCCACGGGUAAGGGUGGGUCGGAUCGAAUGAGACGCGACACUGACUUGGCUGAAGUCUCGCGAGGACUCACCUUUGGCAUCGACGGAACCGAUGACUCGACGAUGCAGAGAGAGAAUCAACCGCCCGUUCGCGGAGGCGUGACGGCGUCUUCGUCCGCCGGUUCGCUUCAGCAGAUGAUGAAACCACCUACGGUGCCUCUGGCGGAUUACAUGAGCCCGAAUUUCCAACGAUUCGACAACGCGCCGAGUUCAGCGCCGAGCGUCGGUCCCGCACCGAUUUACGGGUUCAACGCGGCGCCGUCAAAAUCUUCGGCGUCAUCAAAGUCUCCCGGCACCUUGGACGCUCCGAUUUCGGGAAUGCCUAAACCACCGAUUCGCGCGGAGUCGUGCUUGAAGAUCGACGCCGGCACGUCGAUGGAUCUCGCGGACGUCGCAAAGUUCGAGCAGCGGCCGAAAACGCCUAUUCGAGCGACCAGCGUCGCGAUGCCGACUUUAACCGUCGGUGCGGAAACGACGCCCGAGCAGAAGAUGCGCUCGCCGAUGGCUGGGUCAACGCCGAUAGCGUGUUCACCCGCGAAUCGCCACCGAGGCGCCUCCGCGGCGCGAGCCGUACCAUCGCCGUCUUGGGGCGGCUUCGCGUGUCCUGAGUCCCCGUCACCGAGCCUCGGGACAUCGCCUGGGGCGCACUUCGCUCAACGCGGUUCGUCGUAUAGACGAUCGUCUUGGUCGCCGAGUUCUAGCUUGGGCACGUCUCUUCGCGACGUCGUCGGCGUGUAUCCGCACUCGCCCGGCGGCGCCACAGCCGUGGCCGCCGCCUUUGCGAGACGAAUGAGCGGAGCGAGCGACGACGCCACCGGUGGUUCGCCUCAUUUUACUGACGAUGGAGCGAACGAGGAGGAUUUCCCGUUCGACCUGGAUGACGCCGACGGCUCCGCGACGUACGUCGAGCACACGCCGGCGGAUUUACUCCAUCUCCUGGAAAAUCCGCUCCCGCUCCGUCGUAAGAGCACCGACAGCCCACUUCCUUUAGACGCCGCCCUGGACGAGGACGAAACCGAAAACGACAAUGCCGAAUGCGUAUCCAACGGCGUGAAUGACGACACGAGAGACGCAUGCGUCUCCGCCGAACCGCGCGCCGCCAAAUUCGCGAGCGCCGACGACGCGUCGACGCUCACCCUCGGCUCCGCCCUCGACGCCCUCCGUGAACUCAACAUCGCUCGCGACGCGCUCGACGAGCCUUCUGUGUAA